AGACUUGAUCCGCGCACUGGUCUCCCAGCAACGCAGUGUAAAUAACUUAGUGCAGCCUGUUGACUUGAGAGCAUGUUAGACUAGAAGAGAAACUACUCAAAUACUGGUUUGACCCAGGCCAUUGAAUGAGCGAGCUUAAGGGGACGUUAAGUGAAUCUUGAAAGCAAGACAUCGUCGCUAAAUAACAGGCAGCUGAUGGGGCUGUUUGACAAGUUGGCAGGAUGGCUGGGGUUGAAGAAGGAAGUGAAUGUGCUGUGUCUUGGUUUGGACAACAGUGGGAAAACCACGAUCAUCAACCAGCUGAAGCCCGCAAAUGCUCAAGCGCAAGACAUCGUCCCAACCAUUGGCUUCAGCAUAGAGAAGUUCAAGACAUCCAGUCUGUCCUUCACAGUGUUUGACAUGUCUGGUCAGGGCAGAUACAGAAACCUUUGGGAGCACUACUACAAGGAAGGCCAGGCUAUCAUAUUUGUCAUUGAUAGUGCAGACAAACUGAGGAUGGUAGUUGCCAAAGAAGAACUUGACACAUUGCUAAACCACCCUGACGUGAAGCACAGGAGGAUCCCCAUCCUGUUCUUUGCUAACAAGAUGGAUGUCAGGGAUGCUCUGUCGUCUGUCAAGGUGUCACAGCUGCUCUGUUUGGAGAACAUUAAAGACAAACCCUGGCACAUCUGUGCCACUGAUGCUCUGAAAGGAGAAGGGUUACAGGAAGGAGUGGACUGGUUACAAGAUCAAAUCAAAACAAUGAGAACGUGAGGGCAUGAUGAUGGAUGCGCCGGAGGAAGCAACGUCCAUGGAAGUCUUUUAUGAAAGUAGAGGUUUUUAGAGGUACCAUGUAAUGAUAGUGAUGUUUAUGGAAUAUUUAGGUUGUCCUGGUUGCAUGUGCAAAAGUGAGUUUAAAAGUGAGAACUUAUUUGAUUCUCCUGGUACCAAUAGUAACACCCAGCUGUCUGCAGGGGCUGUUCGAUGUUAAAAGAAAAUUAUAUUUACCCUUUCCAUUUCUCAAUGUCUAUGUUGAACCAGAUCACAGAAAACAGGACGAACUAUAUUGUAGCUUUAUUUAAGUACAUUAUUGUAAUAGUUUUUGUCUUCAUUUUAGGGGAGAGGGACUCUGGAUGUCUUUUAGAAAAGACAUAUUGUUGGGUGUUUACAUUUAGUUUCAUUCUGCCCCUCAACUGUCCUUUGUCCGACAAAUGGCAUAUGCCAGCUUUCAUGGAGAGAAAACCUUUUUAAUAGCUGAUUAAUUCAAACAACGCAUUAUACUUGUGUCCAAUCAUCACUGUUACCAAUGUUAGAUACAGUACGUGCAGCCUUGUUUGUAAUAAGUUACAGGUCAAUGUGUGUGUAAUGGAGUAUAGAAAAAAAAUGUUUCCACCUCUGAAAUAUGCCAAAUUUAAUUUAUUUUUCUUUUGUCUCUCAGGGGCUUUGUCGAUACAUUAUUGUUUGUGUUUGGUUUGAAGUAUCCCAACAGUUCACAAUACCCAGUUUUUUGACAAUAUCAAAUUAUGUUGAGCGCACAUCGCCUUUUCAAGCUUGAAUAUCAGGCCAUCUCACUGUCACAUUAAAAAUAAGAUCCAUCAUAUGUUUACUGGGGCUAAUACUUCAUACGUCUCUGCUCAUGUUUCUUGAUACAUACAAUACGUAUUGUAACUUGGGUCUAAGCUGUAUUGGAUUCCUUUGAAUAUUAAGUUAAUUUGUUUGCCUAAAAGAAGAAAACUUGUCUUUACAAAUCUAUUUAACCUGUGUUCCAAUCUUCGCCUUAUUUUAGUGCUCAAACAAAAACAAAUGUAAUCAAACAAACUGCAUUAAUAAAAUGACUCUGUACUUCAGAGAUCCAAAAGCCGGCAAUGAAAAAGAAAAAACAAUCAUUGGCCCACUCUGCACAGGGUUUUUUAAGGCAAGCCUUUGAUCAUCUUCUUUGGUCUCUGACUGAAAGCUUGCAUUAAAAAAGAAACUUCUGUACAAAUCAGCUUGUGUAUAGCAAAGGGGAGGAGUUUCUAAGCAAAAAGGAACAACUGACACCUUUUUGUUACGUAAAAAAGCAUUUAUCUAAGAUACUCGUUGAUAUACUGUAUCGUGCUGUCUUCAUGUAUGUCUCUUCCUUAAACCUGGCUUUUAAUAUCAUAAAUUGGAUAAACUACAAAUGCCCACGGCUGCCCACCCACACACAUCAGUGUCUCUGUUUACACGACCACUGGGGGACGCAAAGCUCCAAAAUAUCCCAAUUCCUCUCUUGGUGGCUUUCAGGAAAAAACAUAAAAAAUAUUUCCAAAUUCCAGAGAAGAUUUAGUUUUCAUACGCCUCUGUCCCCUCACUUAGUACUAAUGUUUCAUAUCUUUGGACCCUUUCAGCACAAGUUCACAAUAGCACCAAAGACGUUGUAGAUUGUUCUUAUCAAAUGAGCUUGUGGGGUUUGUUUAUUACAUUGUGUGUGUUUAUUUUUUAUAGAAUAAAUGCUGGGGAGAAUGAA